CUUACACACACACACACACACACACACACACAGAGCAAGAUCUCAUCUCUCAUGCAGGACGUCCAGACGGGGUCAUCAUGAGGGUGGUGUCUACAGACAGCGGCUCCAUCACUGUGGGAAACACAGAAUACACAGACGAGACGGAGAGUGCGGAGACCAGUGACCACACUGAGUUCUGGAGAGGAGACCCGUCAGUGCGCAGACUCGCUGCAGUGCCCUCUGGCGGCCGCUGGCGGUGGUGCGCAGGUAUCGCCGGUUCUGUGGCGGCUCUGAUGCUGCUCCUGCUGAUCAUCACUGUAUCUGUGAACCAUGUGAAAUUUAACAGGAGGUUUUCAGCUACAGAAGUGAAAAUACAGAAUCUGACGCAAAUAAUCCUGAACAUCAUUAGCAGAACUCACGAGCUGGAGCAAUUCGGACAUAAAAUAAAUGCGGAUGUGAGCAGUCUGGAGUUUGACCAGAGGACGAUGCAAUCCUCCAUUAAUAACUUGUUUGAUUCAGCACAGGCUCUCCACGACAAAGUUUCAGAGCUCAAAUGCCACAUCGACAAGAUCAGAAACAACGACACGCAGGAGCUGUGCUGUCCUGAUCCAUGGUUCCUGUUCUCCUCCAACUGUUAUUUCUUCUCUACUGAUGGGAUGUCCUGGGACUCAGCCAGAGACGAGUGUGAGAGGAAGAGAGCAAAGUUACUCAUCCUAACCAGCAAACAGGAGAAGAGUUUCGUGGUCAGCAGGACCAAGCCCCUGUUCUACUGGUUGGGUUUGACUGACGGCCGGACGGGUGAGUGGGAAUGGCUGGAUGAGACGCCGUAUGAGAUGGUCAGGAGUGAAUGGAGGCCUGGUCAGCCGGAUAACUGGAAGGCUCAUGGUUUGGGAGGAGGUGAAGACUGCGCUCACUUUCACCAUGACGGACGCUAUAAUGACGACCACUGCUCUCGACACUACCGAUACAUCUGUAAAGCUGCAGCCUCGGGCAUCUGACAAAUCACGCACACAAACACACAUGCACACACACACAUAGGCACACAUACACUCACAUAAAAACACACACAUUCAUGCACACACAAACACAUACAAAUGCACACACGCAUAUGCAUGCACACAAAAACACAUGCGCACACACACAAACAUAUGCACACACACGCAAAGACACAUAAGCAUGAACACAUACACACAUAGACAAACACACACAUAAGCAUGCUCACAUACAAACAAACAUAUGCAUGCAGACAUACACACAAACACAUAAGCAUGCACACAUACACAAACACACACACACAAGCAUGUACACAUACACCAACACACAUAUAUGUUUACACGCACAAACAGACACACAUAUGCAUGCAAACAUAGACAAACACAUAUGCAUGCACACAUACACCCAGACAAACACACACACAUAAGCAUGCACACAUACACAAACACACACAUAUGUAUGCACACACAAACAGACACACAUAUGCACGCACACAUAAAGACACAUGAGAAUGCACACAUACACAAACACACACAAGCAUGCACACACAAACACACACACACACACAUAAGCAUGCACACAUAGACAAACACACACAUAUGUAUGCACACUCAAACAGACACACAUAUGCAUGCACACAUAAAGACAAAUAAGCAUGCACACACACACACACAAGCAUGCACACACACACAAACACACAUAUGCAUGCACACAUACACAAACACAUCCAGGUAUGCACACACAAACACACACACACAAGCAUGCACACACACAAACACAUACAUGUAUGCACACACACACAAACACAUACAUGUAUGCACACGCACACAAACACAUACAUGUAUGCACACACAAACACACACACAUAAGCAUGCACACAUAGACAAACACACACAUAUGUAUGCACACACAAACAGACACACAUAUGCAUGCACACAUAAAGACAAAUAAGCAUGCACACACACACACAAGCAUGCACACACACACAAACACACAUAUGCAUGCACACAUACACAAACACAUACAUGUAUGCACACACAAACACACACACAUAAGCAUGCACACAUACACAAACACACAUAAGCAUGCACACAUACACAAACACACAUAUGCAUGCAGACAUAGACAAACACACACACAUAUAUAUGCAUGAUCACACAAACACAGAGUGCUGAGAUGUUAUGAUGUUACAUGUUAUGCCUGGGCUUACAACUGACUCACAAAGGUUUGUGUGUGUGUGUGUGUGUGUGUGCAAAUUUAAAUAAUGUCAGACUAUAAACUGGUUCAGGCAUUUAAAAAGCUGUCAGAAUCAGAAUGUAUUUGUUUGGCUGUCUAGAAACAUCAUUACUGUUGAAUAUGUCUCCAUUUUAAUUGCAUGUGUUCACUGAAUAUUAAACAGAAACAACUCA